AACUUGGAAGGUCAAGAUGGAAUGGCGGAAAUGAGAUAAUCUUCGAGAAGAAUGGGUCCUUUGGCAGGGAGGAGGCCAAAACCGCGGGUGCGAGGGGGGGAAUCUGUAGAGCAGUUUCCUUUUACCGACGGCGCUUCUUCCGCACGAGUUAACUUGUUACUCGGAGCAUUAAUGGCGGUCGCUUCCUCUCUCAUGUGCUAGCGCCGUGCAGCUUCCGCCCGUCUUCAGUGCUCUGAAGCAUUUUGUGCUUAGCUCUGUGCCUUAUAAGGAGCUUCUCGGCCACUCUGUUCCUGAGUCUCCUCUGCACCAUUGACUUCAGCCGUCCCUUGGAGCACCGCCGUCGUCUAUCCCUCUCCUUUCCGACUCACAAUUCAAGUUGCUUCUGUCGUCAAGAUAUUGUAAAGCUGCCGCAACACUGCUUGUGAGAAAAGGAAACUUUUAGAUGAAAGCAAUGGGGUUUGUCACCAUGAUCGCUGGACAUGGUUAUUCUUAUAUCUGCAAGAUCCACGGGUGAUAUUCCACCAGGACUUCUGUGAAGGUUAUAUUGGUGCUCUGCAAACUGCGUGUUGAGUGCUUUCGAGAUCUCUUGCACAGUAAAAUCCAGACUUGAAGGCCAGAUAUAGGUUGUCUUAAUAAAGAUCAGAGAACAGUUUCUCCAAGAUGAACAGUCAGUAUUUCGUGAGCUCUGGUAACAACUGCCUAACUAGUUAUCCAUCAAUUCAGCCUUCUGUGGUGCAUGGUAUUUCACAAACUUAUUAUCAGUGCCACCUGUCACCUGCGGAAGAUGCCAUUUUAUACACCGAACCUCAGGAUUCUCCCAGAUCUCUCUGUUCUGGCUCAUUCCAAGCAGUAAAGGGUCCUGCUUUUGUCUCUCAAGAGCAAUUCUGCACUCUUGAAUCAUCGUCAUGCAUGAUAGGACAAUCAAUUAAGUCAUCAUCAGCACAUAGUUUUUCGUCGACUGGGAGCCCUGUUUCUCAACAGGAUUCUCAGACCUACCCACCUGAUAUGCAUUAUUCCCCUGAAAACACUUACUGUUCUACCAUGAGCCAUGGCCACUUAGCAGAUGGGGAGAGUGAUUUAAGUUGUAGAUUGAGAGAAAUAGAAAAAUUAAUGCUUGGCCCUGACCCUGACUGUGGAGACAAUUUUGUAGGUUCCUUGCAGAACCAUGUAACGUUUGGACCAGGGGCAUGGAGGCAAAUGUUGGAGAUCCGAAGCGGUGGCGUCAAGCAGGUUCUGAUUGCUUGUGCAAAAGCUAUAGCUGAGAACAACCUGACAGUAGCAGACUGGUUCAUGAGUGAACUAAAUCAGAUGGUAUCUGUUUCGGGUACACCAAUUGAACGAGUGAGUGCUUAUAUGUUGGAAGGAUUAAAAGCAAAGCUGGUAUCAUCCGGCAGUUCCAUCUACAAGUCCCUGAAAUGCAAGGAACCAACCAGUGCUGAUCUUCUUACUUACAUGCAUAAACUAUACGAAGUAUGCCCCUACUUCAAAUUUGGUUACCUGUCUGCAAAUGGUGCUAUAGCUGAUGCAUUGAAAGGUGAAGAUAGGGUGCAUAUCAUUGAUUUCCAAAUUGCACAGGGCAGCCAGUGGAUUUCCCUGAUUCAGGCUCUCGCAGCUAGGCCAGGUGGGCCGCCACAUGUGCGCAUCACUGGUAUUGAUGAUGCAGUAUCAGCCUAUGCCAGAGGUGGAGGUCUGCAGUUAGUCGGGCAGAGACUAUCAUAUAUUGCCAAGUCAUGUAAUGUGCCAUUUGAGUUCAAUGGUGCAGGCAUAUCUGGCUGCGAUGUGGAAGUUGACAUGCUCAAACUACAACCACAUGAAGCCCUGGCUGUGAACUUCCCAUUCCAACUUCACCACAUGCCAGACGAGAGUGUAAGCACAGCCAAUCACAGAGACAGGCUUCUGCGACUGGUAAAAGGUUUAUCACCAAAGGUGGUCACUCUGGUGGAACAGGAAUGCAAUGCCAACACGGCACCUUUCUUCCCCAGAUUCAUGGAAGCUCUAAGUUACUACACUGCCAUGUUCGAGUCAAUUGAUGUUACUAUGCCUAGAGAUGACAAGAAUCGUAUCAGCGUCGAGCAGCAUUGCUUGGCAGGGGAGAUCGUGAAUAUAAUUGCAUGCGAGGGUGCUGAAAGAGUAGAAAGACAUGAGCUUUUUGAUAAGUGGCGGUCACGCUUCAUGAUGGCUGGGUUUAAGCCAUACCCACUGAGCUCCUUGGUCAAUUCCACCAUUAAAGAUUUGCUACAGAGUUACUGCAAGCACUAUUCACUCGAAGAAAGAGAGGGGGCUUUGUUCCUUGGCUGGAAAAACAGACCCUUAAUUGCCUCUUGUGCCUGGUGCUAAGAGUAGGUCUCCUUUCCACGACUUUUCGAACAGGGGUACCUUGGAAUCUCUGUUCAGUUUCACUUGCCGUGCCAUUUCUAGAGGAUAUUUCUUUUGUUUCUCAGAUCCCAGAUGUAGGUGGAGAUUUAGGUGUCUCAUAGGUAUCCUUGAUUACUGUACGAUAUGAACUUAGCAUGUGUUCUAAUUGUUUUCAGCAUAACCUCCUGUACAAAAAUCUGAAUUUUGAUAGUCCAUCUGUCUUCACGUUUGUCCA